AUGUACAAAGAAGAAGAGGCUACUUCCAAUGAAAAAUCAAAGGAUAGAAUUAAUGAAAAUACCGAUAUCCUUGGUUUUUUAAUACCUUUCAUUGUAGAUUAUGAAGAUAUCAACGAUUUAGAAAACCAUUUAAAAGAUUUGGACCAAAAUUGCAUUAAAUCAAGCGAGAUUAUAGAUACAUUGCUGUCAAAGUCACAGGAAUUUGAAGAUCAGCUUCCAUUUUUAAAGGUAACGUUGAAAUUACUAAAACUUUGCUGCUCAGAGACUUUCAAGGGAGGAUAUCCAUGCAUAUUGAUCGAAUAUAUCGAAUACAACCUACAAAACUUCGAAUCUGCUGAAAAUCUUCUCUUAAUAUUGAAAAUUUUGAAAAAAUUACUCAAAUUAUCAAGCCAAGUUUCGAAAAUAUUUACUAACCUCACCAUUUUCCAUCAAAUAAUGGCUCUCGGUGAAGAAAUGAUUGAAAAAGAUUGGAUACAAGUCAAAAACCAAAUUUUGAAAAUUUUGUCACUUUUUCUAAAAAGUAACAGUUUUUACAGCGAAGUAUUGAUUGCUUAUGGUGAAGAAAGUGCAGUAGAACUCUUAGAGAAGAUGAAAUCCCUUGCAUUAUGUUCAUUUUCCAUUGAAACUGCAAAGAAUUGUUUAGAAUUAUUAUCUUCAGGAAUUUCAUUGUUUAUCUUCGGAGAUUUGUUCAUUGAUGAUAGUAUUAUCAUAAACCUCUGUGUUCUGAUCAAUAAUGAAGAGUUAAGACCGAAAAUUUUGAAAUAUUUAUCUUAUUCAGCAAAAAAAGUUCCAAAUUUUAUGGUCAAUGACUUAAUAAUGGAUUUAGAUUGCAGUAAAUUCGAUGAUGAUAUGUUAGUCUAUUCAUAUAAUUUGAUUUCGAACGUAAUCAAAGAAAUUCAAGAUGAAAAAGUUCUUUCUGUCAUUUUUAAUUCGAUUUUCUUUAAUUCUUUGAUUAAUUUCAUCGGAAAUUGCAGUUUAAAAGUGCAAAUCAAGCUCUGUAAUGUUGUUUCGUUGAUAAUUAUUCACAAAAUCGAUUAUUUCGAUGAAACAAAAUUUACUGAAAUUUGUCAAUUUCUUUGUGAAAAUCUUGAUUCAUCUGAUAACCAAUUUACUGUUAUUUCUGCCGUUUCUAUCAUUUUCCCCAAAGUUGAGAAAGAUGAAGCCAUGAUUUCCGCAAUUGAAGAUUUAGCUGAUGAUAUUGAUAACGAAUGCAGUGACUUGGCAUUCGAACUAUUAUCAUCUCUUGAAGAAUAA